UCCGGGCGAGCGAGGUUUGUGGAAGACUGCAACAGGCCGCGGGAAGAUUGGGCGGCGGAGGAGGAAGAGCCGGAGGAUAGGAUCAACCUGACGAUUCUGAAUUACCUUUUCGUUAGCUUUCCCGAGAUCACCUGCACCCCUCCUGGCUGGACAAAGAUGGUCAACGUGUUGAAAGGAGUGCUUAUAGAAUGCGACCCUGCCAUGAAGCAGUUCCUGCUGUACUUGGACGAGUCCAACGCCCUAGGGAAGAAGUUCAUCAUCCAGGACAUCGAUGACACUCACGUCUUCGUGAUAGCGGAGCUGGUGAACGUCCUGCAGGAGCGAGUAGGUGAACUCAUGGACCAGAAUGCUUUUUCUCUUACCCAGAAGUGAAGAUGCCACGGCCUGACUGCUUGGGAAUUGCAGGCAGCAGUGUGGAAGACUGACCCCGCCGGGUUCAUGCGUUCCCUGGGACUGAUAGAUGCAGGCACUUGCUGCAGCAAUGACCGUGGGAUCGUUGAUUCGGGAAAAAGCCCUGAACAGAUUGGUUGUGCAUUAGAAUUAACAAAACUCUGACAGUUAUCUGUGCUUGGUUUUUAUUGUCUUUUAUUAAAAUACAAACCUAAGGACAGGA